UUGUGAGAGACACUCGUCAAGGAUGGCAGAAGAAGCUCCAGCUCUAGCACCCGCUGCGGUCAAAGCGCCCAAAGCAAAGAAGAAGUCGUCAGGCAAGAAGUCACCUGGCCUCGGUCUGAGACGGCAGAUUCUUGCAGCAGUGGCCGAGUCUAAAGAGCGCAGAGGCGUGUCGACAGCAUGCAUCAAGAAGCGCCUGCUUGCCAACGGCGUGGACGUUCCGAAGGUGAACAGGCGCAUCAACUUAGUUAUCAGGAAGCUGGUGGAGAGUAACGCUCUGGAACAGACCAGAGGCACUGGCGCGUCUGGCUCCUUCAAAAUACCCAAGAAGGAGGUGAAAGCAAGCAAGCCUGUCCGGAGAGUGGCGAAAAAGAAAGCGGGCGAGAAGAAGAAGGCAGUAGAGAAGAAGAAGGGAGGUGAGAAGAAAAAGGCAGGUGAGAAGAGGAAGUCUGCUGGAGGUAAAAAGCCAGCCGCCAAGAAGCCUGCAGCCAAGAAAGCAUCCACUAAAGCCUCCCCCAAGAAGAAGCCGAAGAAGGCUGGCGCUAAGAAGACGGCUCCCAAAACGGCUCGCAGAAAGUCCGCCCCGAAGACCAAGAGGAGCCCCGCAAAGAAGACGCCCAAGAAGUCAGCGGCUGCUAAAGGUCCCAAGCGCUCUCCAGCCAAGAGGUCCGCAUCCAAGAAAUCCAAGAAGUAGAUAGCAGCUGACUCCUGACUCAAAUCAAAGGCUCUUUUAAGAGCCGCCACUGAUUCUGAAAGAGCUUGAUGUGACUCUCACGCGAGUCUUUUCGCAUACAAAUACGUGCGAAUAUCACCCGCAGGUGAGUCGGGCCAGUGGUGUCCUCAACCUCUUUGACACAAAGGCCACAUUUGUGACCCGAAAUAAAGCAGCU